UUUCUUCUUCUGCUCUGCGUUCUACGGCUUUUUGGAUCGGAGUAGCACGGUGAUAGCGGUAGCGGAGUGUCAUCGUCAGGAGAGAUGGCGGCGGCGGCGAUCUCCAACCGGCAGCUCUUUAUCGACGGCGAGUGGAGGAAGCCGAUCUUAGGCAAGCGCAUCCCCGUGAUCAACCCCGCGACCGAGGAAUCCAUCGGAGACAUUCCUGCGGCUACUGCGGAGGACGUGGAACUGGCGGUGGAGGCCGCCCGGCGAGCGCUCACCCGGAACAAGGGUAAGGACUGGAGCCGAGCUCCCGGCGCCGUACGUGCCAAGUACCUCCGCGCCAUAGCUGCCAAGAUAACUGAGAAGAAAUCUGAUUUGGCUAAACUGGAGUCUCUUGAUUGUGGAAAACCUUUGGAUGAAGCAGCAUGGGACAUGGAUGAUGUUGCCGGUUGUUUUGAGUAUUAUGCAGAUCUUGCUGAAGCCUUGGAUGGAAAACAAAGAUCUCAAGUUUCUCUGCCGAUGGAAACUUUCAAGUGCCACAUUCUGAGAGAACCUAUAGGUGUUGUUGGACUGAUUACUCCUUGGAACUAUCCUCUGUUAAUGGCUGCAUGGAAGGUUGCUCCUGCUCUAGCUGCUGGUUGCACUGCGAUCCUCAAGCCUUCUGAGCUAUCUUCCAUGACCUGUCUGGAGCUUGCUGCAGUUUGCGAAGAAGUAGGAAUUCCUGCUGGUGUUCUGAAUGUUUUGACUGGCUUAGGUCCUGAAGCUGGUGCUCCGUUAGCAUCUCAUCCUCAUGUUGAUAAGAUUGCAUUUACUGGAAGCACUGACACUGGUAGAAAAAUUAUGACAGCUGCUGCCCAGGUGGUCAAGCCUGUAACACUGGAGCUUGGGGGUAAAAGCCCUAUUAUUGUCUUUGACGACGUUGAAAUUGAUAAAGCUGUUGAAUGGACACUUUUUGGGUGCUUUUGGACAAAUGGUCAGAUCUGCAGUGCAACAUCUCGCCUUUUGGUGCAUGAAAAUAUCUCAGGAGAAUUUCUGAGAAAGCUUGUAAUAUGGGCUCAAAACAUCAAGGUCUCAGAUCCAUUUGAAGAAGGAUGCAGACUUGGUCCUGUCAUCAGCGAAGGACAGUAUGAAAAAAUAAAAAAGAUCAUUUCAACAGCAAAAAGCCAAGGAGCUACUAUCCUAUAUGGUGGUGGACGGCCACAGCAUCUAGGAAAAGGAUACUUUGUUGAGCCAACAAUUAUAACAGAUGUUGAAACAUCCAUGCAAAUUUGGAGAGAGGAAGUUUUUGGGCCUGUUCUUUGUGUCAAGACAUUUAAGACUGAGGAAGAAGCAAUUGAACUUGCAAAUGAUACUCAUUAUGGCUUGGGUGGUGCUGUGAUAUCUAAAGAUCCCGAGCGCUGCAACCGGAUAUCGGAGGAGAUUCAAGCCGGAAUUGUAUGGAUAAACUGCUCACAACCAUGCUUCUGUCAAGCUCCCUGGGGAGGAAACAAGCGCAGCGGUUUUGGUCGUGAACUUGGCGAAUGGGGGCUGGACAACUACCUGAGCAUCAAGCAAGUUACUGAAUACGUAUCAGAUGAUCCAUGGGGAUGGUAUCAAUCUCCAUCCAAACUGUAGGCCGCGAUCUUUUUUGAUCCGCGAAAACAUUUAAAUGAAUUAUAAUAAAUGCAAUAAAAACCCAACUAAGUAUGUGAACUGUUUUGAUGAUUCGAAUUCCAAGACUGUUGCGCAUCUUUUCUGAACGGCUCCAAAUUUGGGACUCCUUGAAUGAAAACUUGAUUCUGCUUUAGAAGGAAUGAACUUGUUUUAUUAAA